AUGCGAGCUGCUGCGAAAAUUGUCAUCGUAAUUUCUGUCGCCUCAGCGGCUUCCAUCUUCGGUCGAGGCGCGACGACAGUCACCAAUGCUAUCAACCAACAGAUUGGUCCACUAUUGACCGAGGCCAGUGACGAUAUAAAAGAAUUCCCUGCUAGUGGCCAAAUUGGCGCAUUUAAUAUUAGCCAAGACUUGCUGUCUCUCUCUCAAGCCUUUGACGCAACCACAGUUGACGUCCAGUCCAGCGGCUCAUUCUCUGAAAAAGAUGGCUCCACGAUUCUAGCUUCUUUCCAAGCACUGGUUCCGACUUUUCUUGGCGCACUAUCUACUCUGACAUCACAAAAAAAGGCUUGGGCAACUACUCUUCCAAAUGGACAAGGAUUUAUUAUAGAUCACGUUGUGAGGUGGAAUGAUUCCAGCAUUGCCUUUAUGAGCUCCGUGAAACAAGCUUUGCCUGAUACCCUGGGUCCCUCGGCUGAUAGCGCGACAGCCCAAUUAUCUGGUGCUUUCACCAACUUCUUUGCCUUUUCGAUCUAG